AUGCAAUCAUCGGCCAUGAGGCCUUCUUCAUCAGUCGCACCUGUGCCCACCAUCCAGAGACCGCCUGUUCAGGCCGGAUCGACCCCAUCUUCAUCAGCCCGGCCUUCAUCUGGACAAGUAACCCAACCGACAGCACCAAUUCCAAGGCAGCCAGCAGCAGACCCUCUUUUGCAAGCUCAGGGGCACCCUCCUGCACAGCCUGUGGACGAGAUCGCUGCUCUGAGGGCAAGGAUCGCCGAGCUCGAGCGUGGGAAUGCUCACGGCACCCAUACAUCGGCCAGAGCCCCCACUCCUCAGCAAGCUCUAAUAUCUGACCCAGCAGCUAUUGAUUGCAUUCGUGCAGGCCUAGCUAGCACCAAAGAGGACUCCAAGCGGCUCACUUUGCCUGCACUUCAGCCUGGGCACAAGGUUAGUGCCUUGAACUUGCCUGUACUGUCUAAGGUAGAAGAAGCCUUCAAGCAGUACCAAUAUGUCCCAUAUACAAUGCUUACUCACACAGCUCAAUCCAAAGCCAAUCUUCGUGGGGAAGACUCAUCUUAUAUAGGAGCAGCAAAAGCUGCAGAGGAGAAGACUUUGCACUACUGGGGUGAGGACAGAGCCUCCACCCUCGCAUCACAUCAUCUUGUUGUGCUCGAUAUUGGUCGCACGUAUACAGUGCAAAUUAGCCCACGCCAACCAUGA